AUCUUCGCUUCGCUUCGUGCGGCAGAGCCCGACUCUUGACAGAAAAAAAUCAGAAACUUAGUCACUUUCGACUUAACAAUUGUAAAUUAUAUUAUCAAAUAACUUAAAAUCGCUCACAUAUAAGUCGGUGACUGAAAAACAAUUUGCGUUUCGAAUUCAAAUCGACGCGCUAACUAGAACAAGGAAAAGAUAACUAAAGCGUCGCUUCGUGUGUGUUAAUUGUACAUUUGUUUAAAAACCCAGUCAAAAUGGUCGGCACAUUGAAAAUGCGCGGGGAUGAGAAUGCCUCGGAGAAUAUAAACCAGGUCCAACUUAAGAAAUUGACAGUGCCUUCAAAUGAGGCAACCACAAAACGUGCUGCUUUGGGCGAUCUGCAGAACCGCGGGUUGAACCGCGCCAUUGCCGCCAAAGAUGUGGCCCAGAAAGAAUUGAAAGAAUCGAAGCUGCCGAAUGUGUUGCGCAACGCCAAGGCCUGCGUGGACACGCACUGGAAGAAGCAGCCCGUGGGUGCCAGCAAUGUCAACGGUGCCGUGCUGGCCAAGCCCACUGAGGGUGGAGUGGCGGCACUGAUGCGUGCCAACUCUGUACGCACCCAUACCGCCCCCUCGGGUGUUCUGCUCACCCGUCAGGUCUCGGCCAGCACCCUGAUCCGUAACGACAAGGCGGCCGCUGAGGCGACCAGCAAGCUUACAGUCAAGCCAAAGUCGGAGACCGGCUCCACCGAUCAGGUAAAUGCGCCUGAGCCCACAUUGCGUCGCGAGGACAGCAAUCUGUCCAAGAAAUCCCUGACCAAGCUGUGGGCUGCAAUGGGCAAACCAGUGAUGGGUGUGGCCGGUCUGAGGAAGGAGCCUGUGGCCGUGCUCAAGAAAGAGCCAUCUGUGGCCAUCAAGAAGGAUGUCAUCGGUCUGGUCAGGAGCGAAAGCACCGUCAGGGGUGCCAUACUGAAGCCAUCGACAACCAUUCAGCCUUCAAUGUCCUUGUCCAGCAAGCGAUUGGCCGGCAUCGAAGACAUCGAUGCCCACGACAAGGAUAACCUCGUGCUCGUUUCAGAGUAUGUCAACGAUAUCUACGACUAUCUGUACAAGGUGGAGAUCGAGCAGCCGAUUCACAACGAUCACUUGGCCGGGCAGAAGGAGGUCUCCCACAAGAUGCGCGCAGUGCUGAUCGACUGGAUCAACGAGGUGCACUUGCAGUUCCAUCUGGCUGCCGAGACCUUCCAGCUGGCCGUGGCCAUCAUCGAUCGCUAUCUGCAGGUGGUCAAGAAUACGAAGCGCAGCAAUCUGCAGCUGGUGGGUGUGACGGCCCUCUUCAUUGCCACCAAAUACGAGGAGCUCUACCCGCCAGCCAUUAACGACUUUGUCUUCAUUACCGAUGACACCUACUCGGCCCGGGAGAUCCGCAUGAUGGAGCUGCAGAUUUUCAAGGCCAUCGAUUGUAAUCUGUCGCGUCCGCUCCCGAUCCAUUUCCUUCGGCGCUACUCAAAGGCCGCUGGGGCAGAGGAUGAGCACCACGCCAUGUCCAAGUAUUUUGUGGAAUUGGCUUCGUUCGACUACGAUUUGGCUAGCUAUAAGCCGUCAGAGAUUGCAGCAGCCUCGCUGUUUCUGUCGCUCCACUUGCUCAAUGGCAACUACCGUGCCAGCACUGGCUUCAACGACAAGCACUGGACACCGACGCUGGCCUACUACUCUCGCUACACGGCCACGCACUUGAGGCCCAUCACUCGACAGAUCGCCAAGCUGGCGCGCGAUGCACCACAGGCCAAACUGAAGGCCAUCCUCAACAAGUACCAGGGCAACAAGUUCCAGAAGAUCGCGCUCAGAACCGAGCUGAGCGGCCCCCUGAUGGACUCCAUUGUGGGCCAGAGCCUGAAGAAGUAGUCUGGGCCCACUUCACAUCCCCUCACAAAUGCCCCCAAAUAUUUAGUUUAGUUUAAUUUGUUUUCAUUUUUUAAAUUUUUAGCGCCUACAUUUAUAAUAAUCGUAGAAAAUCAGGGUCUCUCUGCUGUGCGUCCCGCGUUUGUGUCAUGGCCGCCCCGAUGCGAUCAACGACAAAGGCAUUCUUUACUUGAUUAUGGUUCGGUUCCUCCAACUCGAGCGGCUGCUUCAGCCCCUUGGCAAGGUGGCCGCUGAGUGGGAGGGAUCAUGAACCGGAACUGGAACUCCUGCUCCUCCCCGUAAGGGCACACCUCUAGAGUGAGAGAGAGUGGACGAGCACAAACCGCAAUACACAAUACACAAGGACACUGAGAGCCAGGUGUGUGAGUGGGCAACGAGUACAUUUGCUGGCUGAACAUAUCGGCGUUGUCUCUCAAAGUACAUAUACUAUCUAAUAUAUUAUACCCAUGCGAUAGACUAUUUUUAUCAUUCAAUUUGAUUGGAAAUUGUGUUCGUUUAAUGCAUUAAAUAUAAAUCCAAAAAAUUGUGCAAAAAUAUUAUAUUCUUCCAAAUCCUGA